AUGGGCUUCCGUCUCCUUUGGUUCUUGGCGCUGGCCGAUGCGCAGUCCUUCGAAGAGACCAACCUCCUUCAGUUGUUGACUCCAUCACAAGAGCUCCUCUCCAUCAGCGCCUACGGCACGGAUGCAGCUCAAAGUCAGCUUCAGGGCCAGGGGCAGGCCGAAGGAACUGAGGAGGCUCAGAAGCGGCCUCACCACGACUACGCCGAGAUCGAGCGCUUGGGCUUCACUUCCGCAGACGACAAGUGGAGCAACGCGCCCUUGCCACAGGAGCCCGCCAAGCCGGUAGAGGUGAUUGUGACCGGACAGCACAUUGAAAAGGGUUCGGGGCACAAGAAGCCUGCGAGCGGUAAUAGCAAAGCUUCCCCAGCGGCAAAGUCAAAAGAAGUAAAGGCCAAGGCCAAGGCCAAGGCCAAGACCGCGGCAGCUUCCCAGUCAAAGAAGAAGAAGCAGGUGAAGAAAGAGCGAGAGCAAGCCAAGGCUCAAGUCACCCAGAAGGCAAAGGCCAAGCACGUCCAAGCCCCGGCCGCCCCGGCCGCCUCGGCCGCCCCAGCCGGCGGCGUCGCCGGCAUCGACUCCGAGGCUUCGACCCAGACUGCCCAGGGCGACGCCGGGGAAGCAGAGUCUUCGGCUGUGCCGGCUGCCGCCGAGUCUCCGAAGACAGUGCCAACGCUACCGCCGACCGACGAGGAAUCUUGCGGGAGCUGGUUGAAAGACUGCCGCAACAACUUGAAUGUUGAUGCUUGCAUGAGUUACAAGUCGCUCUGUGCAGCCGAUGCUGCAAAAGAUGCUCUUAAAGGCCUCGCAGGGCCACCUGCUCCCGAGGCUUCAGAGAGCCCAAGUCCAGCAGACGCUCUAAAGGAGGCUCUCAGUGACCCCGGGAGUGUGGGCCAAACCAGCGAGUCGGUGCCCAGCAGUGCCGAGGCGGCUCCAUCUCCCUUCGGCCUCCCCGACCAGGAGACCCCUACCGAACUUCCAGCAGAUGCCGGAGCUGUCCCUGACAUCCAAGAGGAUGCAGAGGAGCCUGAGGCGGAGGAAGCGGAGGAAGCGGAGGCGGCGGAGGAAGCAGAGCCCGAAGUUGCAGAACCUGCAGAAGAAGAAGCAGAAUCCACCGAAGUUGCGGAGCCCACGGCCGAGGAAGCGGAACCCGUCGUAAUUACAGAGCCUGCGGUCGAAGAGGCAGCAGAGCGCGCUGCCGAAGAGGCAGAGUCCAGCGAAGCUUCAGAGCCUGUGGCUGAGGAGGCAGCAGAGACUACGGCCGCGGACGAGGAAGCAGAGCCUAGUGAAGUUGCAGAACCUGCAGCUGAGGAGGAAGCAGAACCCACCGAAGUUGCAGCGCCUGUGGCCGAGGAGGCAGAAUCCGGCGAGGUUGCAGAGGAAGCAGAGCCCGAAGUUGUGGAGCCUGCAGCAGAGGAAGCCGAAUCCGCUGAAGUUGCAGAGCCUGCGGCCGAGGAGGCAGAAUCCAGCGAAGUUGCAGAGCCUGCGGUCGAGGAAGCAGAGCCCAGUGACGCAGCAGAGCCUGCAGCAGAGGAAGCAGAAUCCAGCGAAGUUGAAGAGCCGGCAACUGAGGAGGCAGAGCCUACCGAAAUUGCAGAACCUGUGGUUGAGGAUGCGGAACCCGCCGCAGCGGUCGAGCCUUCCCAGGAAGCCGAGUCCGAAGUUGUGGAGCCUGCAGCCGCCGAGGUGCCGACAGAGGCCUCUGCUUCCGGGACUGUCUCGCCAUUCGGUUUCACGGUGGCACGCCACUCCACUACAUCAAGCUCGAAAAGGUCCGCCAAAGCAGUGGCGUCCAAGAAGGUGUCAUCGACCACGGCCAAGAAGUCAACAAAGAAGUCGACAAAGUCGGUGAAGUCGAAGAAGUCGACAACUUCGACCAAGUCCUUGACAUCGAAGACCACCAAGUCUAAGAAGUUGGUCAAAGCCAAGACCCACAGCAAAAGCAGCGAAGGGAGCUCCAAGUUCGUUUUGCCACAGGCGGCCACGGCUGUGACGAACCACCAAGAGGUGGGCGUGCCGAGCACGACCUUCGAGUUGAGCCGCCUGGAUGCUUUGGGCGCCGGCGCGGGCACCUUGGGCCUGGCCCAAAAGCAAGGUGACACCCAGGACUUCGAGACUGCGAGGUCCAACAUGUGUUCCUGGUGGCUCCAGGUGUGUGGCAAGGUCGCCAAAGCAAGCGUGUGCGACAAGCUUGUUCUCCAUAUGGAGGCAUUCCUCAAACUGGGGACCCGGAAUCCAAGAUUGCAAAAAGCGCCCUUGUUUCUGCUGUCUGUCACUUAG